CCCGCCCCGCGCACUGGGCCGCAGUGUGCUGGCGCCGGCUGGCGGUAGCCUUGGCGACGCCGUGUGGCGGCCAGGGCGACGCCAUGUACCGGGUGCCCGAGUUUUAUUCGAGGAGGAAGCGGUUAGACGGGCAGACCCCUUACCUGAUAGAUCAGUUGGGAUUACGAUUAGGGAUGUGGUACUGGAAAGAUGAAACCAGAACUCUUGAAUUCAGAAGCUUUGCCACAGAAGAGUCUGUCCAGUGGCCUCUGAAACGUCACCCUCAUUUUACACCUGCAGUAGAAGUCAAGGAAAAAGGAAAGAGAGGCAAAGCAGUUCACUUUGCAGAAAUCGACGGUCCAGCUUCAGACAGGUUGACAGAUAAAAGGCUUGCUGCAAGAGAGGAUAAGUCAGCUAAAUCUUUAGAGAAACGAGGUCAACAGGGCACCAUUACACUCGAUGAUGUUAAAUUUGUUACUUUGCUUUUGCUACAAGAUACUGAGAUGCAGCGGAUCUGUUCUUUCACAACAUUUAUGAAGAAUAAGAAUCUUGAUAAUUUCCUCAUGGCAUUAUUGUACUACUUAUCUCAUUACUUGGAAAAAAACUCACUGGAAAAGAAACCCAAAAGCUAUAUGGUAGGCCUUGUAGAGAAAAAAGAAAUGGAAUUGGUUUUGAGUAAAUUAGACGCGGCACAGAAGUACUUGGCGAAGAAGUAUUGUAUCCUUGUGCUGGGCUUGGCCAUGCCGGAUAAGCAUCACAUGUGCUGUGGAAAGGAGAAAAUAUCAGAUACACAGAAAGACUGGAAGUUCUUUGAGUCCUUUUAUACUUUCUGUACAUAUGUGGCUUGGAUUGUCUUCCGACGUCAACACUUGACAGAGAUUGAGGAAGAAAUAGGGAGACUUUUUCGUACCAAUAUGUUCAACAUUCCUCGCAGGAGGCGUGAAAAUGAGGAAUCAGGAGGGGAAAAGAAGCGCAUGACUUUUGUUCAAUUCAGGAGAAUGAUGGCAAAACGCCCAGCAAUUAAAACAGCCAUCAACAUGCGUUCUCCAGUCAUGUCUACUCUGCUGCCAUCUCUCAGAGAAAAAGCUCAAAAUGUCUUUGAGAAAAAAUAUCAUCAAGUAGGUGUCAACUUGCCAGCCGAGAUGGAAAAGCAUGUGGGAAUUCUGGACUCUGUGUCCAUGCCAGUAGUUGGCAUCUUAGGGGAGCCUCGAUGUCUAUUCAACCCAUGUACGCUUCACCUCCUUGAUCCAGAGGAAAACACAAAAUCAUGUGAGAUAUUCUUCCCUGAUGGAAAAAAAUAGUAUGAGGAUUCAGGAUACACUGGACUUGGUUAUGAAGACACUGUCCUCUCAAAUGUCGGGCCCUAAGUAACCUGGUGCAUUCCAUUUCUGUAAUAAGUCCCUGUAUUUCAAGUAAACUACUUUGACUUUA